CGAACCGAGUCUUACCUACAACUCUCACUAUCGCCCUUGGACUCGCCACAAACGCCAUAUCUGCUCCCCGCGCAUCAGUGACCACCCAUCGCGCAGAAGAGACCCCUCAUCAUCCACCCCUUGACCCCUCGCGACCUUCCCAUCUCCCUCCAUAUGGCGCGCGAGCGAGACAGCGAUGUCCCUCAGCCUGGGCCGGCAACACUAUCUUCUCAUGCUGGACCCGAUGAAUGGCUCGAACAGGCCAAGCUAUGCCACUACCUACCCGAAGCCGAUAUGAAACGAUUAUGUGAGAUUGUCAAAGAAUGUCUCAUGGAGGAGUCCAAUAUACAGCCCGUGGAGGCGCCUGUCACUGUCUGCGGAGAUAUACAUGGCCAAUUCUACGAUCUGCUUGAGCUAUUUCAUGUCGCAGGAGGAAUGCCAGGUGAAGUGGACCAACGAGCGGCGGAGAAGGCGGCACAGGAGAGAGACGCCCCGAAGAAGGGAAAGAGGAGUAGCAUGUCUUCAGGGACAACGGCAAUCAAUGCUGCCGAUAUUGAGCCUCCCACGCAGAUUACGGAUCCCAAGGUGCAACGGAAAAUGAAGAGGAGGUUUCAGAGGGACAGUGCCUACACAUCUGCUGCGAGUGAGGAUGGAAGUCAGACGGGCGAGGAAGGCGAUGAGGAGAGAGGCCGAGUGCGGAGUCGUAGUGUGGGAGAGGACAACGAGGGUGUUGACGACGACGAUGCUUCUGAGGACUCUGGUGUUGGGGUCAGAAGUCCUGGGCCCAGCAGGAGUAAGAGCGCGGCGAAGAAGGCGGAUCAAGCCACUGGACUGCAGAACUUCAUCUUCUUGGGAGACUUUGUUGAUCGCGGCUACUUCUCAUUGGAGACUUUUACAUUACUAAUGUGCCUGAAAGCAAAAUAUCCAGACAAGGUCACACUUGUUCGCGGUAACCACGAAUCCCGCCAGAUCACCCAGGUCUACGGCUUUUAUGAAGAAUGUCAGCAAAAGUAUGGCAAUGCUAGCGUAUGGAAGUCUUGCUGUCAAGUCUUUGACUUCCUGGCUCUCGCAGCCAUAAUUGAUGGUAAAGUCCUUUGCGUACAUGGAGGCCUAUCACCUGAGAUACGCACACUCGACCAGAUCCGCGUUGUUGCUCGAGCACAGGAAAUCCCUCACGAGGGUGCCUUUUGCGAUCUUGUCUGGUCGGAUCCCGAGGAUGUAGUUACAUGGGCUGUUUCCCCCAGAGGUGCCGGAUGGCUGUUUGGUGAUAAAGUUUCUAGCGAAUUCAACCACGUCAACGGCCUAUCCCUCAUCGCUCGAGCGCAUCAACUCGUUAAUGAAGGUUACAAGUACCAUUUCGCCUCUCAAGACGUAGUGACAGUCUGGUCAGCGCCCAACUACUGCUACAGAUGCGGCAACGUCGCAUCUAUCAUGACUCUUGGAGAAGACUUAGAGCCGGACUUCAAGAUUUUCAGCGCUGUGCCCGAUCAUCGGAGAGCUGUUCCUGCUGGUAGGCAAGGCAGAGGGGAGUAUUUCUUGUGAAAUUCGCAACAGGAGUCAGAAGUGGCACGAGGCAUGUGGAAAGCAUGAGAUUGGAGAUGGCUGGCAUGACACCCUUUUUUGUUUUCUCUUCUCGCAAAGAUACCUGAGAUAUGAAUAAACGGCACACGGGACUUCACCUGAGGGAAUAGCAUGGGGACAAGGCCGAAGAGUGUCCUGAGAUGGUGGCGUUGAUACUUUUUUCGUGGGAGAGAUUGACCUUUGUAUGAUAUGUGAGUAAG